CCACCGUGCAUGCAAGUAUAUCCCCUCGCCCUGCUGCUCUUCCUCCCUGCUCCCAGCUUCUAGCGAGGAGAGCUGCUGCUCAGACUGCUCUGUCUUCACUCACCCCAGCAAGGAGGGAGGCAGGAUGCACCCUGGGCUUUGGCUGGCUACCAGCACCCUGGCAGUGGUGCUGGGCAUGGCCCUGAUGGAGGACGGUGUGUGCCGGGCACCGGAUGGCAAGGACGGCUUCCCUGGUGUCCCUGGCCUUGAUGGGAGGCCGGGGCAGAAGGGUGACAUGGGAGAGCCGGGGAGAUCAGCACAGAGGACGGGCAUCCAGGGACUGAAAGGGGAUGCAGGUGAGCCAGGGCCUCCUGGCAUCCCAGGGAACAGGGGUUACCAUGGCCUGCCCGGUCCCCCUGGGUUAGCUGGGCAGCCAGGGCCAAAGGGGCCCAAGGGGAAAGCUGGCAAUGUCAUGGAGCAGCCGCAUCCUGCCUUCUCUGCCUCGCGGAGGUCCCCACCGUCCAGGGGCAGCACCGUGGUGUUCGACAACAUCAUCACCAAUGAGGAGAGCUCCUACAGCCCCCAGACCGGGGAGUUCACCUGCCGCAUCCCCGGGAUCUACUACUUCUCCUACCAGGUGAUCUCCAGCGGUGACCUCUGCCUGAGCAUCACCAAAAACAGAGAGAACGUGGUCAGCUUCUGCGACUCCAACAGCCGCCAAGUGCUGCAGGUGAACUCGGGCAGCAGUGUGCUCAGCCUGGAGCAGGGGGACCGGGUCUCCCUCAGCACUGACCCUGCCCGGGGCAGCAUGAUCUACAGCGGCUCCGAGGCAGACAGCGUCUUCAGUGGCUUCAUGCUCUACCCACUGACGAGCUGUCCAGGACGUGCUGCACAAGUGCAGAUCUCACUGGAUGGACAGGAAAGUGCUUGCUCAGAGGAAGCAACCAGUCAGGAGGAUGUGAAACUCAUCUGGGGGUUCUCAAUCCCCAAGGGCCCUUUCCUAACUCUGAGACUUCCUCAGGGAGGCUGUCACGGACUCACACACCCUUUGCUGUGCUGGCAGCAGUGCCCACAGCAGACAGAGGGCUCAGCAGCACUGAAGCCCCCAUCAGAGCUCCAGAGCACUGAAAUGGGGCAGAGCUUCUGGGAGCAGCUCCAUCUGGUCCUCGCCCUCCUGCUCCUGAACCUGGGGUCUGCUGUGACCGGAGAUGCCCAUCACAGCUGCUAUGGGGUUCCAGGCCUGCCAGGUAUGCCAGGUCUGCCGGGCAAGGAUGGCCGGGAUGGGCUGAAGGGAGCCAAAGGCGAGCCAGGAAUCCCGGCCACUCCUGCAACACGAGGGCCCAAGGGCAUGAAAGGGGAGCCAGGCAGCCCUGGCUUGCCAGGCAAGAAUGGCCCCAUGGGUCCCCCUGGUGUCCCUGGAGACCCUGGAGCCCCUGGCAUGGCUGGAGAGCCGGGAAUGCCGGGCAGCUACAAGCAGAAGCACCAGUCAGCAUUUUCAGUGACGAGGCAGACCAGUGAGCACCCCUUGAAGAACAUCCCCGUGGUGUUCAACCACAUCAUCACCAACACCAACCACGACUACAACACCACCACGGGCAAGUUCACCUGCAGGAUCCCCGGCCUCUACUACUUUGUCUUCCACACCUCGCAGACAGCCAACCUCUGUGUCAUCCUGCACAAGGAUGAGCUCAGGAUGGCCAGCUUCUGUGACCACAAGACCAACAGCAUGCAGGUCAGCUCUGGUGGGAUCCUCCUCCACCUGGACGCUGGGAACCAGGUCUGGCUGACAGUGAAUGACUACAAUGGCAUGGUUGGCAUCGGCAACUCUGACAGCAUCUUCUCCGGCUUCCUGCUUUUCCCGGACUAGAGGACCACCAGAGCCCACCCCAGCACGCUGGCCUCUUCGCCCUGCCCUGCAAACACUGCUGCUUGUGCCAGGCCUUUGCUGAUGCUCCAGGUUUCUCUGCUGGCUGGGAAGCCCCAGGGAAGAGGUCAGCCCUAGCCCCAGACACAAUGGCCUGGCCUGGGGACCGCGCACAGGCAGCUGCUGAAUGGGGCAAACAGGCACAUCUGGAUGCAGCUGCACCCAGAGUGA